CCCCAUCGGCCAACAUCUCUCUCCACUGCUCGCUCAGUACAUAACCUACAUAAACACGAGGCUCAAUACGAGAGAGAGAAAGACAGAGACACAGAGAUAUCUAGAUACGGACGAUAGAGAAAAAAGGGAGCUUUCGAAGACGAUUGAAGAUCAGUGAAGUUCAGUUGUGACCUACAAUAACCAAGCAAGAUGGCCGCCACCGUUAGCCACGUGACCGAGUGGGAGAACGAGCUGAACGACAACCUGUACAACCUGAAGUUAUCGGCGAAGAAGAACCCUGGCAGUCGCAGGGUGCGCAAGAUCCUGAAGCCGCUACUGAGGCUCCUGAGGAAGAGCACGAUCAGCAGGCAGAUGAAGAAGUCGCAGAAGGCAGUGCCCCAGGCUGAGGUCUUCACCGAGGAGGUCGACAAUCAGAACAACGCCAACGAGGCCCUGGAACGUAGACUCCUGGCAGACCUUCAGGACGCCGAAGAGGGUGCAGCCAUCACUGUAUGUCUGGAUGGUCAGAUGACCGUCGUUCCUGUGGUACCUGGACAGUGCUACGUUCCGGUUCACUUUGCUCAUACCCAUGCCGGUGACUUUUACUGGACCACCCUCUCCUUGGACGACAGCGACCUCUGCUACAAGGAACGAGCCUUCUCGCAGAAUCAACUUCCCGAGAUGCAGGUCGCUUGAGCCCUGGACCAAGGGACUACGUCAUCAACCUCAUCGGGGCAAGGAUCGAGAAUCGCUGAUCUGGAUCCUGAUUAUCGGGUAUAAACUCGAGAAUACGAUAGCAAGGACGGUGUCCGAGGUCCUGGAAGAAUCAAGGACAUCCUGAUGGACAUCGUGAACAAGAGAGAUACAGUUGACAGUUCGGUAUCGUCCCCUGUGAACGGGUUCCUAUCUUUGGGGAAGAAUUGGACUACCUACUGCCGAACUGAUUGGCGCCAGAGAUUUUUCUGCGCAGGCGGAGAUCGAUAGAGUUAAGAGAUACUUUGAAAAAACUGUGAUCUAUUAUUUAGGUUAUUUUAAUGAUAAAUGCCUAACGCGUCGACUGAUAGUUGCUCAAUUGUCCUCGGUUUCACGAGGAACUAGGAGUAUUGAUAUUUUGAGGUUAUGUGAACCGCCAGAUUGUUGAUAGGUUUUAUUUUAUUGGCGAUAGCUUAAUCGCACAUGUGAUAUUCGUACCUACCAGAUACGUAGCUUAGGUUCGUUAUAUUGUGAUAAUGGCUUUAACUUAAUUGUGGCGACGCUGCCAUAAAUGUCCCAAUGUCUUCCAAUUUUCAU